AUGCCAUGGCAUGGCACCGCAGCCACGAAUCGGCUUGAUGCCUUGGCCAGACGCCUUCCCACAUUAUCCGCGAGCGAUGCUGAUUUCGAGGCCAUUGGACGAGAGCCAGAGGGUCUGCAGCUACCCGCUCACCCGCCUGUCGCCGCUCUGCCAUUGCCGGAGCAGACCGUGAUUCGCCGGGACGAGCCUCCGAUCUACCAGCACCUGCGCGAGCAGAACAGCGUGCAGAGGCAAACGCAAACGGUGGACGGCGCUGCUCCAAACGAUGCGGUAACAGACGGCAGGGUAGUGCGUGAUCCGGUGACUGACGGCGCUGAGGACGCUGAAGUUGCAGAUCAGGCUGGCGGUGCUGCCGGGAACCCGGAUUUUCUCACAACGCACUCGACGGAUCAAGCAUUUUCUGGUGACAUUUCGAGGCAGCUUCUGAGCGAUGCCUCGGGGAUCAUGACCGUCGAAGCAUCUGGUCUGCCUGCUUCUCGGAGAGUGCCGACCUCUCCCAAGUAUUUUCUCUCCGCCAUGGUGUACAAUCGCGUCUUCCGCGGCGACCGUCUCAAUUUCUCAUCUUUUGAAAUUUGGCAGUGGGUGGCCUUCACGCGCCUGGCCGGCGUGGAGCACGUCUUCUGGUACGACUGCGCGCACGACGCGUCCGAACGCCAGGCGGAAGCUCUCAGUCCCUUCAUCCGCGCGCGCUACCUCACCUACCUCCCGCUGCACCGCAUUCUCAGCGCCGCGUACAACGUCUUUCCCGAGCAGAACGGCGCGAUUCUGCACUACCUCAAGGAGUAUCGCAACGCGUCCACGUGGGUGGUGUUCUGCGACGUCGACGAGUUCAUUUUCGACCCUCGGGAUCUCCGCGCGGGCUUCCUCUUCCGUUUUAUGCGCAACGUCUCGCUCGCGGAUCCCUCCGUCACCCAGGUCCUCGCGCCUAACAUAUUCUUCGUAGGCAACAGCGAAGCUCCUCGCUCCUUCCUGCUCUUCCGCCGCUUUACUAAGUGCCAGCACUUAGCGGACUGGCGGCAGCACUUGCAGCGCUCCAAGCCCAUCGUGCGCGUGGCGGCGGUGGAGCAGUGGGCGGACAUGCGCGUUGCGCCGCACUUCUUCCCCAUGGCCAUGGGCGCAACUGAGCGUGCGGAUCCCGCGCAGCUGCGCAUGCACCACUACUGGGGGCCGCGGGGGACAGGGUUUGGCGCAGAGACGAGGGAGUUCGCAAAAGAAGUGGAGAGGGAUUCGAUUAUUCAGCCAUUGGAGCAGCCGCUCACUCGAAUGCUGGACCUGGGCUUGCCGUAUCUCACCUACCUGGAGGCGAAACGAAGGAUCCUAGAAGCAGCGGACAGCGCCAUGCGGCUCUCUUACACCCUUGCUGACCCCAUCGACAAGGCUGGACGGACCAUUGACCAGCUCCGCGUUAUAAUUGUCACACACAGGUGCUGGAAAGUGGACUUGCUUCAAAACUGGACAGUGUAUGUGGUACUAGCAACUGAUUUGAAGUGGCACUUAUUGAACAUGGCUUCCACCAUUGAUGAGCUGAAGAACAUCGAGAUUACCACUGGCCAAAUCAUCGCUGAAUACAUAUGGAUCGGUGGCUCUGGCAUUGACAUCAGGAGCAAGGCCAGGACUCUCAAGGGUCCCAUUGGACCAAAUGACGUGGCGAAGCUGCCUAAGUGGAACUUCGAUGGCUCCAGCACUGGCCAGGCACCCGGCGACGACAGCGAGGUCAUUCUCUACCCGCAGGCAAUCUUCAGGGACCCGUUCCGCGGAGGAGACAACAUUCUGGUCAUUUGCGAUUGCUACACGCCGCAGGGCCAGCCCAUCCCCACCAACAAGCGCGCCGUCGCUGCCGACAUUUUCGAGAAAGUGAAGGAGCACGAGGCCUGGUUCGGACUGGAGCAGGAGUACACUCUGAUGCAGAAGGACGCCAACUGGCCGCUCGGGUGGCCCAAGGGCGGGUACCCCGCGCCGCAGGGGCCGUACUACUGCGGCACGGGCGCGGACAAGGCGUGGGGGCGCGACAUCGUGGACGCGCACUACAAGGCGUGCCUGUACGCGGGGGUUAAGAUCAGCGGCAUCAACGCGGAGGUCAUGCCCGGCCAGUGGGAAUUCCAAGUGGGGCCGUGCACGGGCAUUGAGGCGGGCGAUCACCUCUGGAUGGGACGCUACCUGCUCGAGAGAGUGACGGAGAUGGCUGGUGUUGUCCUGACGCUCGAUCCCAAGCCAAUUCAGGGCGACUGGAACGGGGCAGGGUGCCACACCAACUACAGCACCAAGGCGAUGCGCGAGGAGGGCGGGUACGACGUGAUCCUGAAGGCCAUUGAGAAGCUGGGCCUGCGGCACAAGGACCACAUCGCCGCCUAUGGCGAGGGCAAUGAGCGGCGCCUCACUGGCAAGCACGAGACUGCUGACGUCAACACCUUCUCAUGGGGUGUGGCGAACCGUGGGUGCUCGGUGCGAGUGGGGCGGGACACGGAGGCUCAGAAGAAGGGGUACUUUGAGGACCGCCGGCCGGCCAGCAACAUGGACCCCUACGUGGUCACCUCUAAGAUUGCCGAUACUACCAUCCUCUGGGACCCCAAGGCUUAA